AUCCUCGGCGUCCUUAUUCUUUCCUCUUUCCCUUGCUUUCCUCCCCCUGCUGCCUCCCUCUCUCUUUCUCUCUCUCCCGUUCUCUCUCUUUCCACCACUCUGGGAUCGUUGCGGUCAUUUUGGGAAACCCCUGUCAAGAUCGAGUUUCUUUUUCCUUCUCACUUCGGUGGCAAUGGACGCCCAGAGAGCGCUGUUGGAUGAGUUAAUGGGUGCUGCACGAAACCUUACAGAAGAGGAGAAAAAGGGAUUCAGAGAAAUAUGUUGGGAUGAUAGAGAAGUUUGUGGUUCCUAUAUGGUUCGCUUUUGCCCGCAUGAUCUGUUCUUCAAUACAAAAAGUGAUCUUGGUCCAUGCCCUAAAAUUCAUGAUCCAAAGUUGAAAGAGAGCUUCGAGAAAUCACCAAGGCAUGACAUGUAUGUUCCAAGAUUUGAAGCAGAGCUUGCUCAGUUUUGUGAAAAACUGGUACUGGACUUGGACAGGAAGGUUCGGAGGGGCCGUGAGAGGCUAGCACAAGAAGUUGAAGCUCCACCCCCACCUCCUAUUCCACCUGAGAAAUCUGAGCAGCUUGCUCUAGUGGAGGAUAAGAUAAAAAAGCUACUUGAGCAAGUGGAAUCUCUGGGUGAAGCUGGCAAGGUUGAUGAGGCUGAAGCGCUCAUGAGAAAGGUGGAUAUGUUGAAUGCUGAAAAGACACUUUUAACACAAUCAUCAAAUGACAAAGCAUUAACUCUUACACAAGAGAAGAAGAUGGCACUUUGUGAGAUAUGUGGGUCCUUCUUAGUUGCUAAUGACGCUGCUGAGAGGACCCAGUCACAUAUAACUGGCAAGCAGCAUAUGGGGUAUGGCAUGAUUCGGGACUUUAUAAGUGAAUACAAGGCUGCCAAAGAAAAGGCAAGGGAGGAGAGAUCGGUUAAAGAUAAGGAAGCACAAGAGCAAAAAAGGCAGAAAGAAAAGGAGGGUGAGAACAGGAAGCGAGAAAAUGAUGUAAGAGAGAGGGAAAGGUAUAGGGACCGUGAAAAGGAAAGAGAAAGAUCCCGAGAAUGGAGUAGCAGGGGGAGCAGGGACAGUGGGAGGGCCACCUCAGAUUUGAAGCACAGCCAUUACAGAGGUAGUCGCGAUUGGGGCAGAGACAGAGAUCGUGAUCGUAAUGGGAGCAGGAGGAGCAGGUCUCGUUCUCCAUCUAGACAUAGCCGCAGGAGGUCACCAAGAAGCCCAGGUCGGCAAUACUAGUGUGUGUGCUAUAUGUUUUUUUUUUUCAUGGAAAAAAUGGGAAAAAAGAAAAGUAGGUAGAUGCUUGUUUUCUUCCUCCAGUGCUUUCUAACGACUUGUGAACCAUAUUAUGGGUAAAUAUUCUCCGCAUACAACAGCUCUGUGAGAUGACGUCAUCUUGCUAUAUCAAUUUUUUUAAGAAGAAAGUUUGAGGUAGGCAACUCCGAUCUUUAUUUUUUAUUUCAUAUUGUGUAGUUGUCAAGAAGUUUCCAUGAAAAAGAUUUUCUGCAUCAAUUGCGUUUUCAGCUUUCUCAUGUUUUAAUAAGAUGACAGAAAGAAAUUUUGCAUGAGGGAUGGUGCCACCCAGAAGAUGAUGGAAUGUGUUUGGACUAUAGUAGCUUCAAGUUCUCCAAACAUAGAAGGUACUAUUUUCAGCUCUAAAUUCUGAGGGAACAUUUUAUGAGAACCAUGGGCAUGGUUGUCGGAAGUUCUAACCUGAGGCUGGCACAUUAUAACCAAAUUCUGAUUGCUGUCUUUGCAGAAAUUACAGUGUUCACGAGAUAUUUUUCAGGAACUCUUUUUUCCUUUUGUUUUGAAGUUUCAUUUCAUUUUUCAUCCCAGUUAAAAAAAAAGCAACUUCCUGGUUUUUGCAUUUAUUGUGGUUUUAUGCAAGAAUGUCUGCUUUUUUGAAAGAUGCCCGACAUUUGCCAGCACGGAGCAAGGUCAUUUGGUUCUCAUGCCGUCCCUUAUGUUAGAUAGCCGUGUAUUUGCUCGAUUUUCAUGAUUGUCAGGGAACUCGUGCUGAUGAGCAUCGAUGGUGAGGUGGAUUGGUGCUGGAAUAAAUAGCUCCAUAGCUAAACUGUGGGCAUAUAAAGGUAAAAUAGAACUAUCAUUUUAUCUUCUACAUAUGUGGCAUUAGUAUCUUCUGGUCAACUCAUAGAGACCCACUUAAAGGGAACAAACCUUUUCGACCAAAAUUUUAAAGGUAUCAGUCCUGUGAGGAGGAAUGAAUGAGUUACGGAGUAUGGUUGGUGCCUUGUUCGAAUAAGGACCUCUAGCUGUUCAACAAGUCUGAUCUCAGAUGCAUUUAUUGCACUCGGUGAGGUGGAUGCAGAUGCAAAUAUGCUGUGACACCUCUGGCUUCUUGGGGCAUGCAAUGUAAACGAGUCAAUUUCCCGUCUGCCUCCAACCUGUUGUCCUGGCCGGCACAGAGAAAGAUGCGUUGUGCUGUUUGGGUCCCGCUGCUUGUUGAGCUAGCCGGUUUGGCUCUCUUAAAAGAUAGCACGUAUGGUUGCUGAAUUGUUUCAACCGGCUGCAUUCCUCUUUUAUGGGUUUUUACCAAGAAGGGUGUGGCCUUCCGGUAGGCGAGAAAAGUUCUUUCUCAAGUUGUGUGGUGAGUUCACCAAAUUUUGACUGUUCUGUUGUGUGGUACCAACCUCAAGGUCUCCCCACGAUCAGGAUUUCUGGAUGUUCUUUAUAUAAGUUAAAAACAUUUUCUUGUUUUUGAUA